CUGCUUCGCAUAGAGUCUCUGGCGGCAGAGAGCGCUGUGGUGAUAUUCAGCGUGAGCACGUGCUGCAUGUGCCACGCCGUGAAGGGUCUCUUCCGAGGAAUGGGCGUCAGCCCCGCCGUCCACGAGCUCGACCUCCACCCCUACGGCGGCGACAUCCAGCGAGCCCUCAUCCGUCUCCUCGGCUGCUCCGGCGCCUCUUCUCCCGGGUCUCUUCCGGUCGUCUUCAUCGGCGGUAAACUUGUUGGAGCUAUGGACAGAGUCAUGGCUUCCCACAUCAACGGCUCUCUCGUUCCUCUUCUCAAAGACGCCGGCGCUCUCUGGCUUUAAUGAUUGAUACCUCCCUCCCUUGUGCUUUUCUUUCUUUUUCUUUUUGUGAGCUAGCUAUCUCUAAUUAAUGUCUUAAGAGAAUGAGAUGAGGAAGUUAAUUAGGAAAAAACUAAAAUCGAUCGAUGACAGGUUAGGUUUUAUAUAUAGUUUGUAAUUAGAGAGACUUGUGCGUUUGUUUUAAAGCUCACCUUUGUCUCCUAUCUAUUAGAUCCUUUCAUAUCGAAUCAAAGACAGUUCUUGUUA